AGCAACACUGAUGAUGUUGUCAUAGAUGGUUUUGUAAAAAACAUUGGUUGAAUGAGUAAACUUAAACUAUAGUUUGUAUUCAAUUCUAAUUUAGAUUGUAAAAACUUAAUUGUGACUUGUUUCAUUUCAAGAUUAAUUGUUCUUUUGAAUGGUUUAAAGCACAAGAAUGGCUUCAUCGAACACCUUACAAAAGGCCAUUGAUCUUGUAACGAAAGCCACGGAAGAGGACAAAAAUAAAAAUUAUGAAGAAGCCUUACGACUUUAUGAACAUGGAGUAGAAUAUUUUCUACAUGCUGUGAAAUAUGAGGCUCAGGGUGAAAGAGCUAAAGAGAGUAUAAGAGCUAAGUGCUUGCAAUAUUUAGACAGGGCAGAAAAACUCAAGGAAUAUCUUAAAAAAGAUCGUAAGAAAAAACCUGUAAAGGAUGGUGAAUCAAACUCCAAAAGUGAAGAUAAGAAAAGUGACAGCGACAGUGAUUCUGACGACCCAGAAAAGAAAAAAUUACAAGGAAAACUUGAGGGAGCUAUUGUUGUCGAAAAGCCUCAUGUUAAAUGGAGUGAUGUUGCUGGGCUGGAGGCAGCAAAAGAGGCUUUAAAGGAGGCUGUCAUAUUGCCUAUCAAAUUUCCCCACUUAUUCACAGGUAAAAGAAUUCCUUGGAAGGGGAUUCUCUUGUUUGGACCCCCUGGUACUGGUAAGUCAUAUUUAGCCAAAGCUGUAGCUACAGAAGCUAACAACUCAACAUUUUUCUCUGUGUCAUCAUCUGAUCUCGUUUCGAAAUGGCUUGGUGAAUCGGAAAAACUUGUGAAAAAUCUGUUUGAAUUGGCACGUCAGCAUAAACCAAGCAUCAUAUUUAUUGAUGAAAUUGAUUCCUUGUGCUCAUCUCGUUCUGAUAAUGAAUCUGAAUCAGCUAGAAGAAUCAAGACAGAGUUUCUUGUGCAGAUGCAAGGUGUAGGAAAUGAUAUGGAUGGUAUUUUAGUUCUUGGAGCUACUAACAUACCAUGGGUCCUUGAUGCAGCUAUAAGGAGACGCUUUGAGAAGCGUAUCUAUAUAGCAUUACCAGAAGAACAUGCUCGUUUGGACAUGUUUAAGUUACACCUUGGAAAUACAAGACAUCAGUUAACGGAACAAGAUAUGAAAGUAUUAGCAUCAAAGACUGAUGGAUACUCCGGAGCUGAUAUAAGUAUUGUUGUUCGUGAUGCAUUGAUGCAACCUGUUCGAAAAGUGCAGUCUGCAACACAUUUUAAGAAAGUCACUGGACCUAGUCCUACUGACCCCAAUUUAAUAGUUAAUGAUCUUUUGACACCAUGUUCUCCUGGGGAUCCUGGAGCUAUGGAAAUGACUUGGAUGGAUGUACCAAGUGACAAACUUGGAGAACCACCAGUUACAAUGUCAGAUAUGCUCCGGUCUCUAGCAACAUCAAAACCUACUGUUAAUGAUGAUGAUAUGAUAAAAUUGAAGAAGUUCAUGGAAGAUUUUGGUCAAGAAGGUUAAUUCCGCUUUUCAGAUUUACCUAAUUUAUAGUGUUAAGCAGAUUAUAAAGCACAGUGCCUAUAUUUUUGGGAGAGCUUUUUACAAUAACUAUGAUUUUUGUUCUUUCAUUAAAGUAAUUGUGUGAUUAUCAUUUAAUUGCUUAUAAAAUAUAUGAUAGUAAAAUAAGCACUAUGUUAAUUAUUUAGAAUAAUGAUACAGUUAAAAGUCUGGAAAAUAAAAUGUUUGUUAAAAGUAAA